CGCGUCCUGUACGUGGCCGAUAUCUGUACUACUGCUGGCAGUUACUUUACCCGCCUCCGCCUGCCAAGCGACACGUAGCGCGUCACCGCCUCGUCUUCUCCCUUCCAUCUCCCCCAAAUCUCCAUUUUUUUUCUUACACUCGAAGCCUCAUCGGGCUUUAAUCGCAUCCCUUCAACAUUUAUAUAGGAAUCCAGUAACGUCACUCAAUUUGCACACCAUUGCAAUUCUUCAAUGUCUUCUCAGAAUCAAGCGAAACAACAACCACUCUACCCUAAAGUACUCGACUCCAAUCCUGAGAUCGACUCUGCUUUCCUCUCAAAUCCUAAAUCCAAUUCCAAUAGCUCGCCCUCUUCCUUCUACCCCUCUUUAGAGCAACCGUCUCCUUCCAUUUCUUCGGAUACUAAACCCUCGUCCCUCUACCCCACCGUCGACAUGAAGGAUCUCGCCAAUCUCUUCCAGGACUCCGACGCCGCCGCACCCACCCUACCACCGCCGGUUGAGGAGACCUUUCUUCGCAUUCCUGGCGCCAUACUCCACCUCAUUGAUCGCAACCAAAGCGUUGAAAUUGCUUCCGGUGAGUUCGCCGUUGUUCGCCUCGUUCAGGGUGAGAGCAUCGUGGCCGUCCUUGCCCGCGUAGGCGCCGGAGAUGACCAUGACGACUCUGGCGUCCAGUGGCCCCUCGCACAGGACGAAGCCUCUGUCAAGCUCGACGACUCGCACUACUUCUUCUCACUCCACGUCCCUAAGACUGAGAUCACUGAGGAUGAAUCGGAGGGGGUUCUGAACUAUGGAUUAACUUUUGCGUCGAAGGGGCAGGAAGAUUUGCUGAUGACGUUAGACGGAGUUUUGGAAGCGUAUAGCAGCUUUUCUGUGCAGAAGCUGCCGGGUAAGGCGACAUCAUCGGUGUUGGAUGGGUCAGUGGCAAAAGAGGUGACUCCGGCAGAAGCUAUGGCUGAUGGGCCAAAGAGAGAGCUAAUGGAGAAGAGAUCAGAGAUUUAUUGGACGACGCUUGCCCCCAAUGUAGAGGACUAUAGUGGAUCAGUUGCGAAGGCGAUUGCUAAAGGAUCUGGACAGCUUAUAAGAGGGAUUUUGUGGUGUGGGGAUGUUACUGUUGAUAGGCUUAAGUGGGGCGAGGAAAUGAUGAAGCGACGAACGAGCCCCUGCUCCCAGCCGACGGAAGUUAGCAAGGAUGCUUUAAAAAGAAUGAAAAGGGUUAAGACAGUCACAAAAAUGUCAGAGAAAGUGGUAUCUGGAGUUCUUAAUGGUGUCGUUAAGGUAUCUGGAUUCGUCACGGGUUCUAUUGUAAAUUCAAAGGCAGGCAAGAAAUUCUUUGGACUUGUUCCCGGGGAGAUUGCUCUUGCUACUCUAGAGGGAUUUGGUAAGGUUUCUGAUGCCGUUGAAGUGGUUGGAAGGAAUGUGUUGCAAACAUCGUCAGUUGUGACAACAGGGGUUGUGUCACACAGAUAUGGAGAGCAGGCUGCGGACAUGACACAUGAAGGGCUUGGCGCUGCUGGCCAUGCCUUAGGAACUGCUUUGGCUGUAUUUAAGAUUCGUAAAGCACUUAAUCCUAAGAAUUCCGUUAAACCGAAGACUUUAGCGAAGUCAUUUGCCAAAUCAGCUGCUGCUGAGUUGAAAGCUAGUAAGCAAGUCAAAAAAUGACAAUAGUUUCUUUGUUUACCUGCAAAGCUACUUUAAUCGAUGCGUGCGAAGAGAUGGAAUUCUAUGAAGUUGGAUUGUAUAGAUUUUAGCUUCUUUAUUAGUUUGGGAUUUUGGUGUACUGUGGAGUGGAUUGAAGUAGUGAAGUUUCUUUGUAAUAAUGUUGAUGAAAAUUCUAUCAUAAAUAUUUGUGAAAGAUAGUGAUUGCACCGAUCU